GUCGUCAUUUCCUGAAGCCAGGCGGAUGUGUUGACGUCCCCAACGUUGCGACACGUACGGUCGUUGUCAGCAAAUAGCGAACUUUAUUCGGGUUUAACAAUAUACAGUGAGUACAGCAACAUGCCCUGCCACAACCAGUCGUUAAAUAACGUUACUACCGGCCAAGAACAUAACUUAACGAAGCAUGUUCGGUUCGCCGCGAGCAGUAACAGCAGCAGCGUUCCGGUGGCGCCAAGCUCUGAAGCGGUGGAUGACGUCAAUAAACAGCGUUUGAACGGGAACUGUCCGAAUGGUGGUGGGCUCGGCCCAGAUGUGUUAAACCUUGGACCUCAACUGAAACUGCUUCCUCUUAACAGUCAGAUACUAGAAUUACAGACCAUCAUCAGAGACAAGACAACCAGCAGAGGGGAUUUUGUGUUCUGUGCAGACCGACUGAUCAGACUGGUGGUGGAAGAAGGACUGAACCAGCUGCCCUACUCAGAGUGCACUGUGACCACUCCUACAGGACACAUGUAUGAAGGUGUAAAGUUUGAGAGAGGUAACUGUGGAGUCAGCAUCAUGAGAAGUGGCGAGGCCAUGGAGCAGGGUCUGAGGGACUGUUGUAGGUCCAUUCGCAUAGGGAAGAUCCUGAUCCAGAGUGAUGAAGAGACCCAGGAGGCUAAGGUCUACUAUGCUAAGUUCCCCCCAGACAUAAACAGGAGGAAGGUGCUGCUCAUGUACCCAAUACUGAGUACAGGUAACACAGUGAUCGAGGCGGUGCAGGUACCACUGUUGAUUGAGCAUGGACUCCAACCCAAACACAUCAUCCUCCUCUCUCUCUUCUCCACCCCACACGACCAUCUCUCCACACCACGCUCCACACCACGCUACCAUCUCCAGACCACGCCAGACCAGACCACACCCGCUCCAGACCACACCACCUCUACCAUCUCCACACCACACCACGCUCUCCACACCUCCACACCACACCCUAGACCAGACCACACCACGCUCUUUCAUCUAGACUCCAGGACCAGCCAAGGACCAUCCUCCAAGAGACCACACCACGCUCCCACCACGAGAUCACCCACGCUGACCACACCACCCUCACCACAGAGCUGCCACACCACACCACGCUAG